UCAAGAGCGAGAAACUCCCUCCCCCCCUCGGGGGACGCGAGCGAAAGAUGGGUCGACUCGACGCGACAUUUCCGCGCCGAUUGCAAAAGCAACUUCGUAAAAGAGCGCGUCCUCCGCGAGGAGGAAUGGACUUGUCCCGUCGCCGUCGUCAUCGUCGUAGCAUCGAUUUCCGUAUCCACUUGACCUCCGUGGAAACGCUCGUCCGCCUCGAUCAUCAUUUGUUCCGCGGAACGCUCAAUUACCUCCCAGGCCGUCCGGGGAGAACAGCCACCGCGCGCCGCGCGCAAACAGCAUGCAACAACGCACAGGUGCGCGUCAACGCGCUCGCAUAGUUUUCCUUCCCCCGCUCCCUCCCUCCCUGUUGUUCUUUCCUUCUUCUUUUCCGUCUGGCCGUUUGUUUUCCGUCCUCGCCGCGAGAACGGGCCCGUUGUUAACAGCGACGUGACGUAUGGCAUGGCGCCGAUAUUGUUAUCGCGCACGGGAAACCUUGUCCCACUUUUCCCUAACCGCGCCGUGUGACACUCGCGAGCGCCGGGCACACGUACGUGUGUGUUUGUGCGUUGGGUGUGUGAGUACGCAUUUGUGUAUGAACGACGCAAUCUGCCGGAUGAGAUUUUAUCCUCGGCCUUUUAUCGCGCGAGUGCGAGCGCACGCCUCGCGUCCCGCGGAAUAAUCGCACACACGACGCCGCUUUGGACGCGCGCGCGCGCGCGAGAGAGAGAGAGAGAGAGAGAGAGACGCAUCGUCCCGACAUCGUCGGUCGCUCAAACCUCCUGCAGCCACUUUCUUCCCGGGCGGUGAUACACGGUGACGAGGCGUUAGGCGGAUCACAGCCGCGCUGCGAUUAGCUGCGAUCGCGAAUGGCGGCAUCUCCGAAGUGAUACAUGUCAGGCCAAGAUCCGAAGUGGCAGAAAGAUGCCGCGGAUCAAAACUUCGACUACAUGUUCAAGUUGCUGAUAAUCGGCAACUCCUCAGUCGGCAAAACAUCUUUCCUCUUUCGCUACGCAGACGACUCCUUCACCUCGGCUUUCGUGUCGACCGUAGGAAUCGACUUUAAGGUGAAGACCGUCUUCAGACACGAUAAAAGGGUCAAGCUACAGAUCUGGGAUACGGCGGGUCAGGAAAGAUACAGAACGAUCACGACGGCCUACUACAGGGGCGCGAUGGGUUUUAUCCUAAUGUACGACAUCACAAACGAGGAAUCCUUCAACUCGGUUCAGGACUGGGUCACGCAAAUAAAAACCUACUCGUGGGACAAUGCCCAGGUAAUCCUCGUUGGCAACAAGUGCGACAUGGAGGAGGAGAGAGUGAUCAGCUCCGAGAGGGGUAGACAAUUGGCGGAGCAAUUAGGCGUGCGAUUCUUCGAGACAUCGGCCAAGGAGAACAUUAACGUCAAGGCGGUGUUCGAGCAGUUGGUAGACAUAAUAUGCGACAAGAUGAGCGAAUCCUUGGACAAUGAUCCGACCCUGGUGGCGGGCGGUAUGGCCCAGAGCAAGGGUCAACGACUCACCGAUCAGCCGACCAAUCCAACAAACACCAACUGUAAUUGCUAAAAACGCUGCGACACGUAGAAGAGAGGAGAAAAGGGAGAAACGAGAGAUCGUAUGCGUGUGUUUACGCGCGCGUGUGUUGUGUGUGUGCACGUGUGUGUUGCGCGUGUGAAAGAGAGUAAGGGAAUGAGAGAAAGGGAAAGAGAGGAAGACGGU